AUGGCCACUGCCGAAUUGCCCACCGUGGCCACUAGAACUUCCAGUUCCUCAACAACGAUCAUUUCGGAGCCUGCCUCUUCCAAGUCGCUACCUCCUCUUUCCUCGCUACUGCAGUCAAUUGGACAGUCAGUCUCAGCACCAACUUCACCAACCAAACGCGGAAGCACAGAUCUGCUUAUAAAUAAGCUCAAGUCGGCCUCCUAUUCGGGAUCCUCAGCGAGCGACGCGACAACAACCUCGACAUCUCUUUCACAACAAACAGCAUUGCCAUUACCACCAGCAUUGACAUCUUCCUUGUCUCCUUCUUCAUCCUCCUCAUCAUCGCAUGCUCUGGACCCUCUAUACAGAACACCGGCGAGACCAGUCUCGUUUCUGCCAAACUCUUCCAACUCAUCGCCUUCAGGGCCUCCUACUGGCGUGUUUAAGGACAAGUCGUCCCCAGCAACGGGCAACAAGCUAUUGCAAACCGCCGAGAAGAAGAAGCAGUCGUUCUCAUUUAUCUCGCAUUCUCCAGCGACUUUUCCCAUCCAAGACUCGAACUCGGAGGAUGGGUCUACGGGUAGGAGGAAGCGCAGAAGAACGUCACCAGCCGAGCUGGCUAUGCUCAAGUCUGAGUACGAGAUUGGAAACACCCCAAACAAGGCCAGAAGAACGGAGAUCGCUACCAGACUGGGCAUGACCGAAAAGGCGGUCCAGAUCUGGUUCCAGAACAGAAGGCAGUCCAUGAGAAGGAAAUCCCACAACGAUCCGGACAUUGUUGUUGAGAUACCAGAGAUCCCAGCCGCUUCAGCCGCGGCCCCAAGUUCUUCCACAACAUUCCAGAUGUCGCAUACACCACGUAUCGAGGUGGCCAGUCCAACAACUAGUCCAGAGAAGUCUGAGGAAUCGUCUCCUAUACGCGUAACGCGCAUUGAUGACUCCCCCAGUUCGUCGUUCUACGGCCAGACACCCCAGACUAUGCAGCACUCCAGUUCUCCUGACCGCCAUGCAAGCUUCAAGGUCACAGGUGUUACCCAUACUCUCAACCUGUCUUCUCCAAACGUGCCCAUGAUGCCCCCACGCGCGACAUGGGCUCCAAGCAUGAUCACCACUCCUUCCAGAUCUAAGCACGAGAAUCCUAACAAUGUGACUCCGGUGAGAUCGUCGUACCCUUCGUCGUCAGCCCAAGGCUCCACCAUGACGUUCAGACUGGGAAACUCCACGAAGAAAACAGCCGGUUUGUUGACUCCGUUGGAGAGCACAACUCGCAAGAACAAACGCCCUACCUGGAAGGUCAAUGCUAGCGCAGCUCUCGGUCACAAGGAAAUCUCUACAAGCGUUUUUGCCAGUGUGGAUACUCCUUCCAAGACCAAAAAGGCCAAGCUGUUUGUUCAGGAGGAGAACACCUUCAACAUAUACCACGACAAAGACCAAAAGAGCGUUACCUCCAGCCUGAAGUCUUCCAAUGCGUUGCAGGUCAAAGACGAAAACGUCAAGGUAGUCACCGAAGCAAAGGAGAAGCCAGACACUUCAGAUAUCGAGUGUGUGGAGAACCUGUUGGCAUUGAGAGCCGCACCCUCCAGAAGAGCUAACUAG